AUGUCUCAAUACGAACUGAAAGUGGCCACUCGCGGCAACCACGCGGCACUCCUGCCUGUCGUGCUCAUCGUCACCUCUAUCAAUGAGGCCCGCCCUACCCCCGUGGUCACUAUCACCCUCGAGGAUACUGCUCUCCUCCAGGAUGGCGACAAGGCUAUUGUGCAGCUCAUUAGUGGCUCCAACUCUGUCUUUGGCACUGCCAAUGUUAUCCAGGAGCUUACUACCAUUUUCCCUUUCCUCGCUGGCAAGGAUUCCAAGUCGGAAAACGAGUGGAUCUCUCAGUUGGAUUCCCUGACCACUCUGGACUUCAAGGCCCUCGACCCCGUGCUUCAGCGUCUUGACACCCACCUGCUUAUGCGCUCGUUCAUUGUCGGAUACUCUCUCUCUACCCCCGACAUUGCCAUCUGGGGUGCUCUUCGAGGCAACCGUGUCGCCGUUGCUGCCCUGAAGAAGGGAUCCCUUGUGAACCUUACCCGCUGGUACCGGUUCUUGGAGGAGCUUUGCCCCUGGACUACUGCUGCUGUAGAGUCCUUGAACGCAGUUGCCAAGGAGAAGAAGGUGGCUAAGUCUAAGGAGGGUGCCAGUUACGAUAUUGCACUCAAGAACACUGAGAACGGUGUUGUCACCCGAUUCCCCCUGAGCCCUCUGGAUACCUCCACAUUGGCCGCCCUUCUCAACGACUACUUCGCGCAUGAGAAGUACAACGGUACUAUGCUUCUUAGAUUCGACGAUACCAACCCUUCGAACGAGAAGCAGGAGUUUGAGGACGCCAUCGUGGAGGAUCUUGCCCUCAUGGGCAUCAAGCCUAACAAGAUGACCUACACCAGUGACUACUUCGAUGAGUUGUACGAUUACUGCGUCAAGAUCAUCAAACAGGGUGACGCCUACGCCGAUGAUACCGACAAGGAAACCAUGGCCGCUCAGAGAUGGGAUGGCUUGCCCAGCCAGCGUCGCGAUCUGUCUCCCGAGGAGAGCUUGGCGCAUUUGGAGGAGAUGAAGAACGCCACUCCCGAGGGUCUUCGUUGGUGCAUUCGUGCUAAGAUUUCCUUCGACUGCCCCAACAAGGCUAUGCGUGAUCCUGUCAUCUACCGCUGCAACCCAGCGCCCCACCACCGCACCGGCACCAAGUGGAAGAUCUACCCCACCUACGACUUCGCUUGCCCUAUUGUCGAUUCAAUGGAGGGUGUCACCCACGCUCUGCGUACUAUUGAGUACCGCGACCGUAACCCCCAGUACCAGUGGAUGUUGGAUACUAUGAAGCUGCGCAAUGUGCAGGUGUGGGAUUUCGCCCGCAUGAACUUCGUUCGCACUCUCCUCUCUAAGCGUAAGCUGACCAAGCUGGUCGAGACUGGUCUUGUCUGGGGUUGGGAUGAUCCUCGCUUCCCCACUAUCCGCGGUAUCCGUCGCCGUGGUAUGACCAUUCCUGCUCUCCGUGAAUUCAUCUUGAAGCAGGGUCCCUCCAAGGCUGUGACCAACUUCGACUGGGGUCUUAUCUGGGCUACCAACAAGAAGUACAUUGACCCCAUUGCCCCGCGCCACACCACUAUCUUCGAUAAGAAUGUUGUCAAGACCACUGUCACCGGUGGCCCCGCCACUCCUUACUCCGAGGAAAAGCCUAGACACAUUAAGAACGCCGCCGUUGGCAUGAAGAAGGUUGUCUACAGCAGCUCCAUCAUCCUCGAGCAGGAGGAUGUCAAGCUCUUCAAGCCUGAUGAGGAGAUCACCCUUAUGAACUGGGGUAAUGCCAUCGUCCGCAAGAUCAGCACCAAUGCUGAGACUGGUAUCAUCACCAACCUUGAGCUCGAGCUUCACAUGGCCGGCGAUGUCAAGAAGACCGAGAAGAAGGUCACUUGGCUCGCUACCGAGGGACAGGACCUCGUCCCCGUCGAGUUGGUCGAUUUCGAUCACCUGCUGACCAAGGAUUCUCUUGGUGAGGAUGACAAGCUGGAGGACUUCCUCAACAUGCACACUGAGUUCCGCGAGGCGGGUCUGGCCGACUGUAACGUCGCUGAUCUCAAGGAGAGCGAUAUCAUCCAGUUCGAUCGCAAGGGUUACUACCGCGUUGAUCGUGCUUACUCUCCUGGCAAGCCUGCGGUCUUCUUCAACAUUCCCUCUGGCAAGUCCAAAUAA